GCUUUAUUUCUUCAUCUUAGAAUGGCUUUUUGUCACAAAUCUUCCAUGAAGACCACUUCCGAUACUAAUUCAGACUGUUGACAGGUGUACCAGGGUCUCAGUGAAUUUUGCCAUUUCUGCACUGAUAGUGUCGCUGGACCACUCCAAAAGUGAACAUAACUAGAGCACUGCUUCCAGAUUCAACUGUGACAUACUGUAUUACCUGAAGAGAUGGAACAUGCUGAGGGAACUAGCAAGGAGCAACUUUUCAGUUGUGAUCUUUGUGGGCUGACCUCUCCAUUUAGCUAUUAUGGACAAAAACCACCAAACACUAGAUCCAUUGUCCUCCUAGAAGAAUGCUAUGUCAUGAAGGACCCCUUCAGCCCAGAGAAAGAUAAAUUUAUGAUCAUCGGCUCACGCUGCAGCUUAUGCAACAAAAAUGUUUGUGUUGGAAUGGAAUGUAGCCUGUUUUACACUAAGAGGUUUUGUCUUCCAUGUGUCAACAUUCAUUUCAAAGAGUUUCCAGAUCAAGUCCAAAUGGAAAUUGCAAAAAGGAAGCAAGGUUACAAGAAUCAGUGAUCAAGCAUGACUUAUUCCAGCAUGUUGCAGGACCAACUGAUACUUUUUGUCAGUGUACAAAAGUGUUCUAUCAAAUUUGUUCUCAAUGAGAAUAACAGUCACAGGUACAAGACUGUAAAUGAAUACCCUGUAUGAAUGUAUAAAGCUUAUGUUAUACAGCAUUAGUGUAGUUGUAGACCAUAUUGUUUCACAUAGCUAUUUAAAAUAUGUCAUAAAUAUGACUACCUUAAAUAUGUAUACUUCUUUUCAAAUUUAAAAAGAAAAACAAUAUAGAAACCAUGAAGAUUGUUUUCCUAGAGGUGAAACAUUAUGUAACUAAAUUCUUUUUAAACACUGAUGACAGCACACUAUGUUCAUAAAAAUGAUAUUUAAACCCAAA